AUGCAGUUCAUCACUGUUGCACUGUCGCUCUUUGCCGCCUUCGCUGCGGCCCAGAACUCCACAUCCACCUCGCUGCCCAACCUCGUCUCGGAGCUGCCCCAGUGCGCCCUCGGGUGCCUCAACGACUCGGCAAACUCGGCCGGAUGCGCCGUGACCGACUUCACCUGCCUCUGUGGAACUGGCAAAUCGAAGUUCAUAAAUGCCAUAGGUACAUGCGUCACUUUAUCAGCCAAAUGUUCAAGCGAGGACAUUAAGAAUGCCACCCAGCUAGCCCCUGAAAUCUGUAGCGCCGCUACCACCGAUCCCGACCCUACCGCUGUCGCCUCAGCAUCCAAUAUUGUCGCCUCGGCAGUAGCUUCGGAGACGGCAUCAUCUGCACCUGGAGUUCCCGUCCGGUCCGAAGUCGGUUUGGGACUGCUCAGUGCAGUUGCCUUUGCAGCUUUUGCCUUGUAG